UUCGAGUAACCUAUCUAUUCUCUACCAAUCGUGACUUCUUCUUAGAUUAAUUCUCUUCGGUUUCACUGAACUUAAGUGCUCAAAAUCUUCUUUGGAAUAUUUCGUAUUGCUCUUGUACACCUGGAAAGGGGUAGUUUUACAGUUCUACGUGCAUUUAUAAAGGUAUUGUAUGAGUCAAAAAAUAGAAAAACCAAUAUUAUCAGGUCAACGCAUAAAGACCAGAAAAAGAGAUGAAAAAGAAAAGUAUGAUCCAACGGGAUUCAGGGAUGCAAUUAUUCUUGGUUUGGAAAAGGCUGGUAACGAUUUAGAUGCAAUUUCAAAGUACUUGGAUGCAGCCGGCUCUAAAUUAGACUACCGCCGAUACGGAGAAGACCUAUUUGACAUUUUAAUAGCUGGCGGUCUUUUAAUACCAGGUGGUUCUAUUGCUCAAGAUGGCGAUAAACCCGUUAAAGCUACUGCUUGUCUUUUUGAACAACCAGAAGAUAUGGAAUCAAUGCGCAACUUUGAACAAGUUUUCAUUAAACUUAUGCGACGAUAUAAAUACUUGGAAAAAAUGUUUGAAGAUGAAAUGAAAAAAGUAUUGGUUUUUAUGAAGGGCUUUACCCCUGUAGAAAGAACAAAAUUGGCUAAAAUGACAGCUUUAUGGAUUUCCAAUGGAUCUGUACCACCCUCUGUGCUUUCAGUUUUAAUUAAUGAACAUCUUGUCAAAGAUAAUUUAGCAUUAGACUUUUUAUUAGAGGUUUUUGUUACUUGGAGAGAGGAAAAAGGUCUCUCUAGUUUAAUGACUGCAUUAAAAAAGGGCAACAUCGAAAGAAGGUUAAUGGAAUUUGUACCACCAAAUAGACGAACAGAGGAGCAUUUUCGAUCUGUAUUUGAGGCUGUUGGUCUUGCAGAUAUUGUGAAAUUACACAAAGCUCAAGCAAGUCAAGAAGCAAAGCGAGAUUUGCAACAAUUACUCUUGGAUGAUUUAGCUGAAAAUCGUUCUAUGAAAGAUAUUAUAUUCGAUCUCAAACAAAUGGCACAAAGAUGUGCCAUUCCUGAACAUGAAGUUAUUGGCCUGAUUUGGGGCGUUGUAAUGGGACAAGCCGAAUGGAAUAAAAAGGAAGAAUUGGUAGCUGAUCAGGCAUUGAAACAUCUAAAAGUAUAUACUCCGCUAUUUUGUGCUUUUACAGUCACUGCCAAAUCUGAGCUUGCACUCAUACUCAAGGUCCAGGAAUUCUGUUAUGAAAAUAUGAACUUUAUGAAAGUCUUCCAAAAAAUUGUUUUGCUAUUUUAUAAAACAUAUGUAAUAUCAGAGGAAGUAAUUUUGAAGUGGUAUAAGGAGGGUCAUUCGGUUAAAGGAAAACUACUCUUUUUGCAGCAAAUGAAAAAAUUUGUUGAGUGGUUACAGAUAGCUGAAGAGGAGUCUGAAUCUGGAGAAGAGGAAGAUGGAAAUGACGAAGAAGAAAAGCAACAAAAAAUAAUAUAACCUUCAUUGUCAGAAAAUAACAUAUUUGAACUUUAUUCGAAAUUUCAAAAAUGAAUCA